CUCAUAAUGCGUCGGGAUGCCGAGGCCUCUUCGGCAUUGAUCCGAAGAAACGAGUCCCGUUCGGUACUGACUCGGCCGGACUUCGGCGCAUAUUCGUUGAAUGGUCGGCCAUAUUGAUUUUCAGGAUCCAUGGCGCUGGGAAUGUAUCGCGGUUCUUGGCUGGAUUUGUGGGAAAAUUAGGACAUGUACCUCAAAGCAGACUUAGUGCACCGAAACAGGGAUUUUACAGGAGUGGCGCUGGUGAUUUUCACCGCAAAGUCUUGGUGUGUUGCCGCUGUGUGUUGAAAUUAAUGCCAUCUGCUGGUCCAACGCAAGUGGAAAAGUUUGACCGGCAGAUCUGCCAUCAACAGUCUCACAGCUAGCUGGCCCCUCCAUUGUUAGCCACGGUCAGUUGCACACUGGACGCCUAGGAGUAUUAAAACUACAUGUAGGUUGUGAUAUUGCCACGGUUGAGCAACCCCGCCAUGUCAUCACGCACCCCUGUACUGUCCACAGUGCAUGAAGAUAGGAGGCAUCAUGGUCAUGGAGACGAUUCAAACACAUCCUCGUCGAGAAGUCGGAGCACACGAAUGGCUGAUGACCAGCCCCAUGUCGGGAGAUACCGCCUCAUCAAAACUAUUGGCAAGGGUAACUUUGCCAAGGUCAAACUCGCUAAGCAUAUACCCACAGGGAAAGAGGUGGCAAUAAAGAUCAUUGAUAAAACCCAGCUAAAUCCAAGUAGUCUUCAAAAGGUGUACAGGGAAGUAAGAAUCAUGAAGCUAGUAGAUCAUCCUAAUAUAGUUAAACUGUUUGAAGUGAUAGAAACAGAGAAGACAUUGUACCUCGUCAUGGAGUUUGCAAGCGGCGGUGAAGUAUUCGACUACCUUGUGGCCCACGGCCGCAUGAAAGAAAAAGAAGCCAGGGCCAAAUUCAGACAGAUUGUUUCAGCAGUUCAGUACUGCCAUCAGAAAAGGGUCGUCCAUCGAGAUCUGAAGGCGGAGAAUCUUCUGCUCGACAAAGACCUCAACAUCAAGAUUGCCGACUUUGGCUUCAGCAAUGAAUUCACCCUGGGCAGCAAGCUGGACACAUUCUGUGGAAGUCCACCCUACGCGGCACCCGAACUCUUCCAAGGCAAGAAGUACGACGGCCCCGAAGUGGACGUCUGGAGUUUAGGUGUCAUUCUCUACACCCUCGUCAGCGGGUCACUACCGUUCGAUGGUCAAAAUCUAAAAGAACUUAGGGAAAGAGUAUUACGAGGCAAGUACCGUAUCCCGUUCUACAUGUCGACGGACUGUGAAAAUCUACUGAAGAGAUUUCUGAUGCUCAACCCUGCAAAACGCGCUAAUCUAGAGACAAUAAUGAAAGACAAGUGGAUGAACAGUGGCUAUGAGGACGAUGAGCUCAAGCCAUACCAAGAGCCAGAACUGGACUUCAACGAUGACCGGCGGAUAGAGAUCAUGCUCAACAUGGGCUUCAAGCGCAAAGAUAUUGAUGACUCGCUCAGGAAUCACAAGUACGAUGACCCCUAUGCCACGUACCUGCUGCUGGGUCGCAGGGCGCAAGACUCGGAGGAAGCAGACUCAACUUCCAGCAGCAGCCUCUCGCUAACGCAGCGCAACAUCCCCGAUCUGACCUCUGCCAUCUCCCCUUCGCCCUCCUCCCAUGGUAAGAAACAGCAACGUGGCAUCCCCUCCAAUCAGAAAGAGAGACGGUUUAGCCAUGGAGGCGAGAACUACGUCAUCCGAAAACGAGGUUCCCAUGUGACAAGUACCUCGUACAAACGGCACAACAUUGACAAUGGCCUGAAGGAGAACAUUGUCAUGACGCGACAGGGGCGGGCCAGCGCCGGUGCCAUCGGCAACAGCAAAGGAACAACGGGUAAAACAACGGGAGGAACAACCACGCCCACGCUAGGGACCCCCAACAGCCAGGAGGGGUCAUCACGGAAACAGAAAUCAGCUACGCCAAAGCACAUACCUAGCAAUCCGGGCAUGACUAGAAGAAACACCUACGUAUAUGGAGACAGGGAUGCUACGGGAGGAGGCAGAACCAACGGCCAGAAUGAACGAUACAAUGUCCCGGGAAGGGAUCUCCCCGCAUCAACAGCGAGACCGCGGCACCAGAAGUCAGCGUCCACCUCAGGGCAUCCCAACAAAGGCACACCCCUACCGCCGCUGGAGGAUCCUGCCGACAGACCCAGCACGGCACCAGGCAGUAGACUACCCUUCCUCGCAUCGCCGGCGGUAGCGGGUGCCAACACAGGCACCACCAGUGGCCACAUACGUUUCCCGCGGGGCGCCGUCAACCGCAACACCUUCCACGGUGGUCAGGUGCGGAGACACCCCAUGUUCAACGGUCCCAACGCCUCACCUGGCAUGUCGGACAGCAUGGAGAGGAACCGCAACUCCAUGUCCUUCUUUGGCAAGCUGUCAUCAAAGUUUGCCAGGAGGGCGCCCUCUAACUACAGUGACCUUGGAGUAGAUUACCCUCCAGAUCUACCGCCCCAAUCCAGGCCUCCUACUGGUGUCAGUGCUGGCAAUUUAUCAAGGUCCAUUACUGAACGGGACCCGAACCGGGAAGACCCCAUCAAGCCUCGGUCGUUGCGUUUCACCUUCAGCAUGAAGACCACCAGCUCCAAGGAUCCCGACUCCAUCAUGGCGGAGAUCCGGCGGGUGCUGGAAGGCAACGCGGUGGACUUUGAGCAGCGGGAGCGCUACCUGCUGUUCUGUGUGCACGGUGAUGGGCGUGGCGACAACCUGAUCCAGUGGGAGAUGGAAGUCUGCAAGCUGCCCAGGUUGUCCCUCAACGGCGUCCGCUUCAAGCGCAUCUCCGGUUCCUCCAUGGCCUUUAAAAACAUUGCCUCCAAAAUCUCCAAUGAACUGUGCUUGUGAAUAGUCAAAAGCUUCUCCUGUAAUUAUUUUUGGUGGUUCCUCUCAGUUUUAGACUUAGUCCCUUUUUUUAAAAUUUCCCUGUUGUUUUUUUUAGGGCUAGCUAGAGCUGGAGUUCUCAAAAGACGAUGCAUCAACUUGUUCUUUAAAGUGUUGAUCCUUGAGUUUGUAGACAGUGACAGCACAGACCUGAAUGAGAAAGCACUUCAAUGCAACAUUCCUCUGUAGCAAGAGACAUUUCACCUGAGAUUCACUCGACAGCCAACAUUUCUAUGGGUCAUCUAUCUGUACAUACAUUUCUGUCUAGAAAAUAGACCUCUGCAUUGAUGACUUUGAGCUUUGUUAACAUGUGUGCUGUCCUGUGGUGCUUAGAGGACCGUGGAUUCCCACUAGUUCAUAGGAAAGUGCACGUCAACAAAGUGUGACUUCAUCAGUACAGCGGUCUAUUGGUUGGCUUGCCAGUCUUGUCAACUAAAAGAACAAACAAGAGGGGAGGUCUUUGAAUUUUUCAAUGAGGUUUCUGUUUAUCAAUUGGAUAGUCAGAAAUGUGAUAACCAGUUUUAAAUGUCUUGUGACUAAUGAACAACCUUACCCUGCACAUCUCUCCCUUCACCAAGCCCAUCUUUGCAGUAGUAAGAAUUAAGUGACGAUGACUGCAAGUUGGUGUGCCACUUUUCCUUUGUUAUCAUAUGUGUUCAGAGUGUGAACUGUUGAAAACUUGGUGGCUAACCUACCGUUGUACGAAAUUCAUUCAGCCACGAACAGUUGUCCUCUGAGAUGUUUGGGUUAUUUUCAUGUUUUCUGACUGUUCCGAUGAGCAUGUCCGAUGCCUUAAUGCAGUUAACCCACAUGCACGUCUGGAGUUGUUGAAGAAUGUUACCAGACUGUUCAGUGUGUUUAGUUUAGCUUGACGGAUUAAGAUCACACAAGUUCUUCCUGGUUGAGUCAUGAAGAAAAACAGAUGAGGAGUGUGAUUUUAAAUGUUGUUGAACUUUCAGGCUGUCACAAGGCUGUGUGAUCACUGUCACAAAACUUCAUGAUCAGUGUCACAGGGCUCCGUUAUCAGUGUCACAAGAAUCUGUAAUAACUGUCACAAGACUUUAAUCACUGGUUCAAGACUCUGAUCUCUGUCACAAGACUGUAGAUACUGUCAUAGGACACUGUGAUCACUGUCAUAGGACACUGUGAUCACUGUCAUAGGACACUGUGAUCACUGUCAGAAGACUGACCACUGUCACAAGACUCUGUGAUCACUGUGGCAAGACUCUUUGAUGACUAUCACAAGACUGUGAUCACUGUCAUAGGACACUGUGAUCACUGUCACAAGGCUCUGUGAUCACUGUGGCAAGACUCUGUGAUCACUGGUUUAAUUAAGACUCUGAUCUCCGUUACAAGACUGUAGAUACUGUCAUAGGACACUGUGAUCACUGUCACAAGGCUCUGCGAUCACUGUCAUAGGACACUGUGAUCACUGUCACAAGGCUUUGCGAUCACUGUCAUAGGACACUGUGAUCACUGUCACAAGACUCUGUGAUCACUGUGGCAAGAUCACUGUCAUAUAAAUCUUUGUUCACAAGACAGUGAUGAGACUCUGUCUCAUGAUUAAGAUCUUCAUUUACUUGGGUUGAAAAAUGGUCCAAGUCAUGGAAAGGCUACUUGUGACUCUUGCAUUCGUCUUUUUAAUGGGAGAAAUAUUGCACUUUGAAAAGUGUUGGAUUAACUUUCUUCAGCUUGAAGUGCUUUGUGUCGCUGUCAAACUUCAGCACCGACUUGCAUGAAUCUUUUUUUAAUUUCUUACCUAAUGUUCCUGUAUAAAUUCUCUGGCAGGAACACACAUUACCGAUGUUAUCAGUUGAAAUAUUCCUUUGAAAAAAUUAUCACUUUUUAAAAAUUAUUUAAAUUUUUUUGUGCAAUCACUAAUAUGAAAAAAAUCUCACCUGAAAAACGAGCAGCACAGUUGAAAAGACUUUGGAAAUCUUGGUGGCAGUGUGAUUAAUUCCCUGUGUCCGUGUCAUAGUCACUAUCAUGGAGCUGCUUUCUACAAGCUGAAUAUCAGACCUCUCGGCCGAAACAAUUCACUGGCCUCCGUCUCAUGGCAUAGCAUGUUUCCAUGAUCACUGCACACUCCAUCAAUCUGCUUUUAAUCAUGGAAGCACUUUGCCAGUUCAGAAAAACCCUUGCGGCUUUUUUCAUCCUUUUCGGUACAACUGCUUGCACAGUGCUCCUGUAUCUUCAUGGAAGUUUUCCUUAAAUACAGCCAUCACCUGCCCAUCGGCUGGUGGUGUGCCUUGCUUACAGAUUUGCUGGAGAGUGUUGAUCCAUGAUGUCAUGCUCAGCAGCUCAUGCAACUAGGGAGGAUUAACAGGAACACUGCCUCCAAGAUUCUUGUAAGUCUGGGAUAGAUCGCACAAUGUAAAGAGCCUGAUGGUUGUCUGUCAUUUACCUGUAAGUACAGUUGUGCUGAAUACCUUCGUGUUGAUGUUACUUACAGCCUGUGCUGGAUGAGUGAACCAUUCUUUCCCCUAAAAUGGUUUAAUUCAAGCUUUUUGUGGGUUUCAUUCAAUUGUUUUUUUUUUUUUGUAUUUAUUUAUUGGUUUCCACUGCCUUUUUUUCCCAUUUGAAGUAAUGAGGAAAGAAAAACGAGACAAGAGGUCCAGUUUGAUAUCUGUUAUCAACGUCAAAUUCCAAUUGUAGCAUGUACCAGGUACAAAUAUUUCUGUGUGUGCAAAUUUUCUCAACAAAUUCAAAGAGAAAAAAGAGCCGGCUGAAUUUGUCAAAGAUCAGCUUUCAACCAGAAGGCUACCACCAUGGUCUCACUUUGUGUUGGGGAGGGGGUUGGUUUGGUGUUUUUUUUUUAAUUUACUCUAGGAAUUCUUUGUUUACCAACAUGUACAGUCAUAUCUUUGUAUAGAGUAGCUAUCCACAAGGCUGAUUCUGACCGUUCAUCACUUUUGUUAAUUUGUGACUGGAGUCAGCCAGACAUGCUAACCAGCCAGCUAGUGUGUAAAGUGUAGGAUUGAGUCCGUUGUACACAUAGAAAUCCCUUGGCUAAGCCACCCCAAAAUGUACAUGCCUAUUUUUUUUGUUGUUUGGGUUUUUGCACCAAUCUCAUUUUGCAUAAUGUAGCUGAUGCCGUUGUACAGAUUGAAAAAGAAGUCGUCAUUACGUUGCCCAAGACAUAGCUUUGCUUUUUUUCUUAUUCAUUAAUAUUGUUCAGCAGUUUCUGAAACGAAGUUCCAGUACAAAAUCCAACACAGCUUUUUGCUGUUACUUCCAGGAUUUGGUGUCUUCAAAAGUCUUCAUUGUGUUCACUGUCGCUUGUUUCAUAGGUCUCUACAUCCAGGUGACAGGUUGCAUUCCAAUCUCCUGGCAAGCAGUGAUAAAGAAUGAAUUUCUAGAAGAAUCAGAUCAAUGUGAUAAAUAACUGUGAUCAGUGUGGUAUUUUGAAGGCUUACAACUUUGAACAGGUGAGCCAUGAAAUCUUAUUCUCCAGUGAGACCUACAGAUAAGGAUGACUUUGCUUACAACACUUGUUUGUUGAAUGGUUUGUUGGAUGGAGAGAUACAAUUGCAGUCAUGCAUCUUGCAUAUGGACAUUGACAUUUGAAAUUUGCCUCCUUGAUUUGCAUGUGGACACAGCACGGAUUACAUCACUCCCUUACAUUGGACUCGAUCCAUAACCCACACCAGUGAAUAAAGUACCCUUUUUGAAGAGACAGAAGACUUGCUUUUGAUGAAACUGUAACCUUAGACCAAAAAGCCUGUUCAUUUUUUUUUUAUUUACUUGUGCUUUUUGAAAGCCCAGGAUUCCAGUCUUUUUAAAUGUUGAUUUCUUUUUUUGUAAAAGAAGCAUAUGUUGUGAUGGUAUCUCUGUAUGCGGGCAUUCCUACAGAAAGGGAUCCCAACAGUGUUCGUAAUGUGUACAGGUUUCACCAAUGAAGUACAGUAUGUAGAAACAGUCAGGAUAAUUUAAAGUAUUGUAACUAAAUGUUGAUGUAAAGAUAACAUUAAAAAAAAACACAGUGAUCGAUCCGAAAAAUAAUAAACAGCAUGGAAACAAGCAAUUCUUAGUCAUUAGCAUAAAAUGAAAUAAAGCCAGAUAGAGUGAGAGACCCCGUGAGAGGUGGUGAGAGGGAGUGGAGGGAACUAAUAAAUGCGGCAACGUUUUGGAAUGUCAAAUGGAAGCUUAGACAAACUUGAGAAUUCCAAGAAAUCCAUUUUCAGUUGGUGUUCCAAAACUCAGCCGUUGAAACUUUUACUCAAGACUGAUGUUGAUAAUUGUACAAAAUGACAGAAAGCCUUGGUUUGUGCUGAACGCAGUUUUAUUUUUUUGUUUUGUUUUGUGAUCCUGUGAAGCUUUCUGGAUCUGUAGAUGUUAGCAUUGCCACCCAGAGAAUUUGUCACACCGCAUGAUAUGUUGUAUCACCGACCCAUCCACCUUACAGGGCAGCAGCGGUGUAUGGUCCCUCCAGGGACAAGCAAUGUCCAGCCCUGCUGAGCACCAGUGGUGACUGUUCUUUCUUAUCACCAGGGAUGCCUGGUACCCUGUGAUAUAGACACAGCUUUAAAUGGGCAGAUUCCUGUACAUCUAACAACCAGUUUGUUCACCAGUGAAGUACAAUGUAAAACACACAUCAGUGCGGUGUGAUUCAAUUCUGUCAAAUAUCUCAGUGUAGCAUUUCUCACUGUCAAGUUUAGAGUGAUUCUCUCUCCCUGUGAACUUCCACUGUCUGGAUAUAAACAUUUUGUCAUGGAUAAUAAAAGACUAGCAGUGUGAAGGUUCAUUGUGAUUUUCUCCUCUGCCUUUGUCUCACUUCCUAAAAAAUCCAAAAGCCCUGUUUUUGUGAUCUGUAUCUUUAUAUACCAUUUGCGUGUUGUGUCCUCGGUUUACAGUAAGAGCUGGAAUUGAAAGCCAGCAGUGUAUACAUACUGUAUAGACAAUAAAUACAAACGAUUGGUCAACUGAU